CCGCUCUUGGAUUCGACUUACCAAAUAUUGACACAAAGUGCUUCUAACACGAAAAUCACAUCAGCGCAGCGACGUCGGCGUCGCGGUCGGCGUCGCUGCCGCAGCUGGCGUCAUAUAAAAGCUGCUGCGCCGCCCAGACACACGCUCAGAGUAAAUGUGAAAGUGUAGGCGGCAGCAGCAGCAGCAGCAACAACAAGUGGCACAACCAGAAACAUCAAUUAAACACAUUCUUAAGCACAAGGAUUAUGCGAGCUUUAAUCAGCCUCUAUUUGCUGGGACUCUGCGCCUGCGCCCAAGCGCAACAGGAGGCUGAGGCAGCUGCAACAUUUGCGCAACCGCAGCUCAAUCAAACCGCCGAGCAGGGGGCUAGUGAGCCGGGCAGCUGGCGGCAGGCGCGACGACGCAACGUUCUGGCGGACAGCUGCACCACAAAUGGAGGUGCGACGGGCACCUGCCUCACGCGCUUCAAGUGCAUGCGGCAGGGUGGCACGGUGAAUGGCUAUUGCGGCACCUACGGCGUCUGCUGCGAGACCAACAUGGCGUGUGGCACGACGACGCGCCUGAAGCGCACCAUCAUCCGCAAUCCGGCCGCAUUUGUGAGCACCAUGUGCCAGUACACAAUUGAGGCAUAUAGCGCGAACGUGCAACAGCUGCGCAUCGAUUUCGAGCAAUUCGAGCUGCAACAGCCAACGGUUAGUGCCACAGAUGAACGGCUGGUCGAGUGCCAGGACUACUUUGAGGCGGGCAGCUUUAAGCUGUGCGGCAUGAAUGCCGGCCAGCAUUUGUAUCUGCCGUUCAAUGUGGCCGCGGGCAUCGAUCAGAUCACGCUGACCUUUGCGGUGCCGACGCGCUGGCCGCAGACCAAUUGGCGUCUGAUUGUCACACAACUGGAGGCGCCACAGGCCAGCAGCAAACGCAAAACGAGCACCCUGGGCGGCUUUGGUGGCAAUGCGAACAGCUUGCAGGAUCUGCGCAGCAUCUUUGCCUCGCAUCAUGCCGACUACGAGCUGCUGGCACCGGCCGGCUGUCAGCAGUAUUACACUGAGCUGACGGGCACAAUACGCAGCUUCAACUAUCAGCCGACAAUGGGCACCACCUAUAUGCCGGACACCAGCUACACCAUUUGCAUCAAGUCGACGCCCAGUGCCAGCAUGAUUGAAUAUAGCUUCAGCAAGUUCGCAAUGUCGCUGGGCACGGGCGAGGGCGAGGGCUAUGAUGAGGCAUGCCACACCACGGUGCAUACGCCGGGCAGACCAGAGGAUUAUCUGAUGAUACCGCUCUCGCUGCUGGCCAGGAAUACGGCCUAUCAGCCGACCUACUAUUGCGGCACCAACGAUAAUUUCAUCGUCUAUGCAUCGCCGCCGUACAUGCUGCACUUCUCCAGCGACGAGAUGACCCUGGAUGCCACCCAGGAGACGGGCUUCAGCCUGACUUAUCGCCUCCGUACAUCAAUUCUCUAAAGUGGCCAGUUAAGUGGCCAUUAGAUUAGGCAACAUUUUAGCCUGUGUGC